GAGUAAUGGCACCAAAACCCUAAAACGCCUCUAACCCUAAAACGCCUCUACCCGCCGCAUAGAGCUCUCUUCUGCUUUCAUAGCUCCGUUCCAGCUCCGACGGAGUAGGAAGGUAAUUAAAGAUGAAGGAUGAGGAAGUAUCAUUGUUUUUGGUUACGAGCUUUGUUGGUGGGCCAUAUUGUGCUGCAAUUUAUGAAAUCAAAUUUGGAGGAGGAGGAGGAGGAGGAGGAGGAGGAUCUAAAAUUCCAAGAGUUAGUCCUCUGCUCAAAGCGUUUAAAAGCUGCUUAAAAGAAGAUAGACCAUAUUCACCGGUUGGUUGUGAUAUCUCAGGAUCGCACAUGUGCUUGAUGUCUUCAUAUUGGCUCAUUAAGGAGCAGGAUUAUAAACAGUAUCGACCCCUUCUUUUUGAUACAAUUAGCAAAAAGGUUUCUGAUUUGCAUUGGAUAAAUGCAUCAAAACCUUUUCCCAAGGUGAUGGCUGUCCGUGGAAGUUUUUUUGUGCUUGCUGGAGGUACCAGGGAUUCUCCACGCGUCCAAAUCAAGCCUCCUAGUUUCGAACAGUUGGGGGAUGAAGGGUGGAGUUCUUCUUCCCUACCUGAGAUUCGCUUCCAGGGAAGAUCACGCAAGAUUGUCUCCGGUUAUGCCAUCAUCGAGGACUGUAUUCUCAUUUCAGUUUCUGUUUUCAAGAGUUCCAAAAAUAAAUUCUAUUGUUACAAAGUCGGGAGUUCAAUGAAGGAGUGGCAGGCCGUCAACAAGGCAGGCAGGAGAAAGACAUACAACGCCUUCAGGGGAAAGGCUGAAUAUGUCGAGGAUUGCAUAUACGCUUUCGGAUUUAAGAAUAAAUUUUUUGCGUAUCCUGUCAUAUUUUCUGGUAAAGGUAAUCGUGUCAUUAAAUCUCUUGGUGUUCCCAAGGAAAUUACCGGACUGGACUUUGAAACUCUACCAUUGGAUUAUCGCUCAUUUUCUAAGAAUUGCUUAGUUCAUUUGGGAGGGAGAAUAUUUUGUAUGAUGAAGACUGCUCUCCAUGUCCAGCCCUUCAACUUUCAAUGUGUUUCCAUCUUGAUCGUCAAAGUUUCUCCUGAGAUGAAGCUUUCAAAGUUGUAUUCAGCUCUCUGUGACUUGAAUAUAGAGAACCUCGGUCAGGCAAAAUUAACAUCACUUUGUUUGGACUCCCAGGGGAGUAAAGUUGCUUCCAAGAUUGAUUUCUGGACAAGAGGUCCCAAGGUUCUGUCUGAGGAUCUCAUUUCACCAUGUCCAGUACCAAUGCCGGUGUCUGUUCCUGAGGUUGAAUCGGUGUAUGGUUUCCUGCAGCAUCUGGGUCUUGACAAAUAUUUAAUGAUAUUCGAAAAUGAGGAAAUUGAUAUGGCCGCUUUGGUACACAUAACUAAUGAUGAUCUCAAGGCUUUAGGAUUACCAGAGCUUGCAAGAAAAAAUAUAUUUUCGGCAUUGGAGACUGAGGUUCAACAUGUGGGAGCUUAAUUAGGGGUUCCUUUACUUGUUUGUGUGGAGUUCAUUGUUUUGGAGUAGCAAUAUUUCAGCAGGCCUGUGUUUUAACUCGGGCUACUUUGCUUCAACUUUUUUGGGAUUAAAUUAUCUGUAAUAUUGCUGCAAGUUGUUUCAGUGAGCCUAUCAUUUGUGUGGUCAUUAGAAGAUUGAUAGCAUCAAGUUGUUUUUGUGAGUCAUUCGAGAGAUGGGUUCAACUUUUGUUGGGUCUGCCCCUCCCUUUCCAUUGUCUUUUUCAAGUAUUUGUAGUUUAAACUGCCACUUUGGGACGACGGAGAAGGAAUGAAAUGUUCAAAGGUAAUAGGUUAUUCUA